UAAUAAUAACUGGGUCGAUAUGUCGUUUAAAAAUCUGUUUGUACUCCUACUGAUAACGUUGCAUAGAAUGAAAUUUUAUGAAGGAGAAGACAAUUUGAAAUUUUAACAAAAGGAUUGUGUAUUGCUCAUCGGAGGACAGAAUCAUGGAUAGACUAGCAGACGAGUUACGUGUUUUUUCGCUCCGCCUGUCACGUGUCCUGGAUGAUAUAGGAGUGAAUGAGAGGACAGUUAUGAUAAGGAGAAGGACUGGACUUUUAUUGGAAAGUCUAUAUACACUGGAACAUUAUGUCAUCAGAAAAUUUAAUGGUGAUAUCACAGUAUUUAAAUUUGGCAGUCAAACAGAAGGAACUACUACACUAGGACUGAAUUCUGACACGGAUACAUUAAUUUGCUACAGCAGGUACAAUAUAAUACAAGACUGGUGGCAAUGGGAGCAAGGUAAAAUAAACUUACUGAUGCUUCGAGACAAUGCAGCACCUGGUUAUUGUAGACUUCAGCUGUUAAGGUCGGAUAUUCCUGAAGCAAGGGAAGAUUUACCUGAUUAUAGCUUUGAAUAUGAUGAUGAAGGACGAGUUCUGAUGAAAAAUACACUUUUACAUGUUCUUCAACCGGGAAAGAUACGACAUGGUCCUUCUUCAUCAAGUGCAGAAUUAAACGAUGAUCGUGUGAUUGGUCUCCCUUGUAAGAGCUGGCCAACAGAAGCUUUACCAUGGGUAACAAGAACUAUAGCAGGCCAAUGGCCUGGCAGGAAUCUCAAGUGUUUUUCAGUAAACAGUGGAUGCUUUGUCGUGUCUACUGGACACUGCUUGAGUGAAACUGAAAGACUAGAAUGGAGAAUAUCUACGUCUAUAGCAGAACGCUGCCUGAUGUUCAACAUGAAUAUUACACAGAUCAGAUGUUACGUUGUUCUAAAAAUGAUAAUGAAAACAUUUCUAAAUGGAACUGUGACAAGCUAUCAAUGUAAAACUGUUCUGAUGCAUUUAGUUGAAAUAACAAACUCGGAACUAUGGAGAGAGGAAAAUCUUAUUUUUUGUAUUAUAAUGAGUUUGCGACUUCUGCAAUUACGCGUAUUCAUAAAUAAUUGUCCGCAUUAUUUCGUUCCAGAAAAUAAUUUACUAGAUGGGCGAUUGAAUCUAGAAGCGAGACAAAAUAUAGUGUUCAUGAUAGGAAAUAUAAUUGACAGUAAAUGUAUCGCAAUAUUAGGUAUAAACAUAGAUGAUAUAGGUGAUCGGCUUAAUGCGACUUUGUUCCAUAGGAUUAGUCAUUAUUUUAUGUCUCCAAAAGAUGUUCGUUUGAACAUAUACAGGGGGCUACAAUAUGAUUUGUAUCAAGACACUCAUAUAAUAUUUCAGGAAAUAGUAAAUGGUUUAGAUAAUUAUACUCAUAUUAUAAAUUGUAAUGAUAUGAAAGAUAACAUUCGGAGGGUGUUGACAUUUCGCGCAAACGGCAGAUGUUCUGAACUUGCUGCAGCCGAGAUUUUAGCACCUAUACUAUGUACAACAUUAGGUACAAUGUUAGCGUCUGCUGACAUAUCAGGUGGUCGGUGUAUUUCUGCUGAAUCAUUACAAUGGCUGUCGUUAGGUACUGACUCUGAUGUUGCAUCCGGACGUCUGAAACUAGCGUCUGUUCUAUUCUGUUCUGGAGACAUACAUAGGGCGUCAGUGACUCUUCAUGAGGUGGAACAAAGGUACGAUACAAGAGUUACUCUGCCAAUAUGUGGUUACGCGAGUAAAGACAUGUUUGUAUAUUUUAGCAACUUAAGAUUUUCAGACAACUGUUUGUUGUGUUAUGAUUACAAAACUACAUUGAAUAUAAAUGUUGCUUUUGGGGUUGUAUUUACCCGAGAGGAGAAACAUUGUGUUCCCAAUGGUCUGAAGUAUGAAAUGUUCAGAUGUACAGAAGAAGAACGCCAGACCAGAGAUAGAAAAGACUACUGGGUGGAUUGGGCGGUUGUUGAUUCACUUCCAUACCUAUACUACCUACAGUAUAUGACAUAUAGAAAACUUGACAAUCGCGCUGGUCAGCAGAGAGCUCUAGGCAGACUGAUUCAUACAAUUGAUACUGAGCCCUACCUCCAACACAGGGAAACAGCACUGAAUUUACUAGGUCAGUGUAUGGAGAUUGAGGAUAGAUUAAUGGACGCAUUAACCUGUUAUAGACGGUCACUGAACUGGAAAUCCACCCAUAAUGUCGCUAGAUGGCAUAUUGUACAUCUGCUUUACAGGUUUUUGUAAAGGAAUAGAAGCAAAACAUUUUAGAUUAUACUGGAUUAUUUUAUAAGCAGAAACUUUGUUUUUACAAAUUUACCAUACUUGGACUCUGAAGUUAUUUGAUUAAAGGAAUAAUAAAAACAAUCUUUUGACCUCUUCUGUUGUAUUUUUUUCCAGAUAUUAUCUAGAUGCGCGGGACCAUAGCGUGUAUAGCAAAAAAGUCACCUCAUCAAUAUAAAAUAGACCGUAUAUAAACUAAAAUGUGUCUGUAGGACACAGGGUGUGCCCCCACUGGUACAUUUGUCACAAAUAAGGGGAAAUAAUUCAAAUGUUUGCAGUCUUAAUGGGAUAUAGCCUCAAAAAAUAUUAUGAAAAGGUUUCAUUAUUCUAUACCACAUACAUGUACUUUUUGAGCUAUGAGCAUCACAAACAAAAAAUCCACUAUUUUGGCUAUUUCAAGGACUUUAACUCAAUUUACGUAAUAAAUGCUAAGAUUCUCAAGAAGAAUGCCAAGUGGGCAAGGUCACAUUAUGAUAUAGACUCAAGCAAGGUUUUAUGAGUUUACAUUAAAUAUUUUGAGGUAUGCACAUAAUUAGGUAAAAUAUGUGCAUUUUUGACAAUUUGAGGGGCAGUAACUGUAAACAUAGGGUAAGGAACCAGCAAAUAAAUAAGAGGUAUGCAAGUGAAUAUCAUGAUAAAGACUCAUGUAAGUUUUCAUCCAUUUAUAUCAUUUACUUUUUGAGCUAGGUGCGUCAAAAGCUGAAAAUGUGCAUUUUUGACCAUUUCAUGGGUCAUAAUUCUGAAAAUUGGAGGCGGAGGCAGAUAAAAAAUAGGCGGCGUGCAAGUCCAUAUCAUGCUAAAGAUACAUGCAAGAUUUAAUCAAUUUAUAUCAAAUACAUUUUUGAGUUAUCUGCGUCACAAGGUAAAAAUGUGCAUUUUUGACUAUUUUAGGGGCCAUAACACUGAAAAUAGGGGACGGACCCAGAUGAAAAAUAGGAUGUGCUUAAGAUCGUAUCAUGAUUAAGACACGUGCAAGGUUUCAUGUAUCUAUAUCAAGUACUUUUUGAGCUAGGCAUGUCACAAGGUGAAGAUGUGCAUUUUUUACUAUUUCAGGGCCCAUACCUCUAAACAUAGGAGGCGGAGCUAGACUAAAAAUAGGAGGUGUGCAAGUUCAUAUCAUGAUAAAAACUCAUGCAUUGAUUAAUCAAUUUAUAUCAAAUACUUUUUGAGUUAGGCGCGUCAAAAGGUGAAAACGUGCAUUUUUGACUAUUUUAGAACUAUAACUCUAGAAAUAGGGGCAAACCCAGAUGAAAAAUAGGAGGUGCGCAAGUUCAUAUCAUGAUUGAGACUAAUGCAAGGCUUCAUGAAUCUAUAUCAAAUACUUUCUGAGCUAGGCGUGUCAAAAUGUGAAAAUGUGCAUUUUUGACUGUUUCACGGGCAAUAACUCUAAAAAUAGUGGUCAGAGCCAGACAAAAAAUAGAAGGUGCGCAAGUUCAUUCUUCCAAGUUCAUAUCAUGAUAAGGUUUCAUCAAAUUAUAUUAAAUACUUUUUUAACUAGGCGAGUCACGAUCUUCGGACGGACAGAUAUGACCAAAUCUAUAUGCCCCCAGCUCUCAUGGGGGUGGGGGGUGAUGAACAACAAACAUUCUUACAUCCUGUGCUAUGUUAAUGACAUGAUUACUAGUAUAGAUAAAGACUGCAGACUUAUUUUAUAUGCUGAUGACAGUACAAUUUUGUUUAGUCAUAAAAAUCCGGAUUUUAUUUCUGUCAAACUUGGUCAAGUACUGGAAAGUUGCUCAGCCUGGCUAAUAGACAAUAAGUUAUUCCUUCACCUAAGUAAAACAGAAUAACAUUCCCCUUGGUCCAAAGCGCAAGCUAAGUAAGCUUAGAUCAGCGUCUGUAAUUUGCAAUGGUCAUAGUAUAAAUAGUUCUAGUCAGGUAAAAUACCUUGGUUUAUCAAUAGACAAUUUUUUAUCAGGUGACUCAAUUGUAAAUAAUAUUAUAACUAAAGUCAAUAGAAAAGUUAAAUUCUUAUAUAGACAAAACGGAUGUCUGGAUUUUAACACAAGGAAACUUUUAUGUUCUGCACUUUUACAAUGUCAUUUUGAUUAUUCUUGUUCGUCCUGGUAUGAAGGUCUGAAUAAACGUUUAAAACACAAAUUACAGGUAAUGCAAAACAAAAAUAUUAGAUUCAUAAAGGGUUACUCUCCUAGGGAUUCUAUUACUUGGCAAGAUAAUGUGCAUCUAAAAAUGUUGAACAUAGAGUGAAGUAACUAGACUCAGUCAUAUGCAUAGAGUGUUUUAUGGCACUUGUCCAUCAUACAUGAGUGAUAAUUUUGUUAAAAGUUCCAGAUGCACUCAGAAGAAUUUUAUGUUACCUGGUAUUAAUAAUAACACUAAUAAACAGACAUUUUGUUAUACUGGAUGUAAGAAAUGGAAUUUUCUUCCUGAAAACAUAAAAAAUAUUAAGAAUAUUAAAACUCUCAAAUGGUUAGUUAAGAAAUUUCUUUUGGAUAAGCAAACUUCAGAAAGUAAAAGUGAUUUUGUAUAUUACUGAUUAUGUAUGUGAUAAGUGUAUCUGUGAUAAAUAAGUUAAACACAAAUGUGAUAAGUUGAUAAUAAAACAAUGUAUUAAUUGUGAUAAAUUUUAUGUAAUCUGGGUAUUCCUUAUAUUAUUUUUCCUUUCUUAUACUGUAUCUUUUGUUAAAUUAGCAUGGACCCUAUUGGAAAUAAGCUUUUAGCUUAAUGGGUUAUCCAUAGGUCUUUAGCUUUCUCUAAAGUAUAACACCUGGCUUAGAAUUUUCUGUUUUAUUAAAAGUAUGCAUCUUACCCUAGUUUUAAAUUUAGAUUUGUUUUUAUAACUAUGUAAAGAAAUUGUUUUUAUAUGCUGUGAUAUUAUAUUUAUUGCCUUGUGUUGUGUUUUAUGUUAUUGAUCUUAAAUGUCAAUAAAUAAAUAAAAAAAUACAUAGUUUCGAGAAAUAUA